AUGAAUAGAUAUGAGCUUCAUCUGAUCCUUAUCAAUGGGGAUUAUGUAAGGAUUCCGAUAAUUCCAUUUGAUGAUUAUCAUUGCUAUUUCAAGUUUAACUAUGAGCUGAAGACUAAUAUCAGUCAAAGGUAUUUUAAGCGCUACAACUUUAAAUUGUUGAGAAUGCAAUCAUGCUUUUUGAGAAAACUUAAAUCUGAUUCUUUUACUUUCUUUGCUGUGUUAUAAACACUUACGAAUUAUUACCAGAGUGUAUUAUUUGUUAUGAUUUUACGAUUAUAGAUUCUAGGUGAUUUAUAUGCAAUUUAAAUAACUACCAAUCCCUUUAGAUUUAUGGCAUAUUCUCUUAAUUGUCAACAAGUCAAAAUAUUUGAAAUUUAAUUAUUAUAUUUUAAUAUGAUAUUGGUUUUAGUUAUGCUUUUAUUUUACUCUGGAGCAAAUGUCUGGAGUUAACUUCUAUUAUAUAUCAAUAAGAAUUGA